AUGGACAAGUUAAUUUUCACAGGCAGAAGUCUACUUACGCUCACCGCGAAUGUGCUCGCGUUUCUUGUCUCAGUUUCGGGUCAGCCAGGAUUCCUGAGCAUCAACUGUGGUGGGGUAAAUAAUUACACAGAUUCAGCGACGAAUGUUACAUGGAGUUCGGAUGGCAAUUACAUAGAUGUUGGUGAGGCAGCGAGUGUUAGUAACUCAAGUAUACCAUUUCACCUGCAGUCUUUGCGUUACUUUUCAAGACCUCUGAAGAAAUCUUGUUAUAGCUUGCCUCUAGACAUCAAUGUCACCUACCUGUUACGCCUGUGGUUUGUCUUUGGUAAUUAUAAUGGAAUCCAAACGCUUCCCAGCUUUAAUGUUUCUUUCGAGACACAAGGCAUGCUUUACCAGAAAACCCAAUCUAUCUCAUCUCCGGAAAUCCCAGAAUUUACUAGAGAAAGGAUCUUCACCAGUUCUAGCAACGUCCUCUAUGUUUGCUUGAUUCGAACUUCCGACAGUAGCGAUCCUUUCAUAUCUGCAAUUGAGUUGAGGAGUCUUUCAGGCGGCCUCUAUGAGGCUCAGGUUAAGCCCGGAAUUCUUUUGAGUACAAUAGCAAGAUAUGAUCUGGGUGUUCAAUUCUCCGACUAUAUGAGCUUAUGGUUUGGUCAGUACAAGGAGGUGCAAAUUGGAAAGGCACAUACGAACAGAAUGGUUUUGAAACAUAAUAAUAAUAUCACCAGCUUCCCUCCUGCCGCUGUAAUGCAGACAGCGGUAAUUGACGAAACGCCUGAGAGUCGAAUCCUCUUCACUCUUGAAUCACAGGAUACCCGCACUUUAUUUGUACUAUACUUUGCAGAGGUCGAGGAACUCAACAGUUCAGAGGCAAGGAAUUUUGAUGUUACGGCGAAUGAGCAAACCGUUCAGUCCAUCCACAACGCUCUGCAAAAUCAUUCGAUUGAGCUGCCAUUCACAUACAACUACACACAGGAAAAAGAAGUAGUGAUAUCUCUCGAAACUGCAUACCAGGCGGGAAAGUCUAACCGUGGUCCUCUGCUCAACGCUCUUGAGUAUUAUAAAAUAAUGGAGAGAGAACCAGAAACUUAUCCAGGAGAUGUUGAUGCCCUUUUAUCAAUUAAAAAGGCAUUCGGUAUCAAAGGCUGGAUAUCGGAUCCUUGCUUUGCUAUUGAAUGGACUGGAAUCAUAUGCAAUGGAGGUCUCUCCGUGAGAAUCUUGAGUAUCGAUUUGUCGGAAAGGAAUCUGUAUGGAACUCUACCGCAACGGAUCAGCCAGCUGACUGAAUUGAGGAGCAUCUAUCUUCAGAAUAACAGUUUAUCAGGAACAUUGCCUGACUUGUGUAGCUUGACCAAAUUGCAGAUAAUACGCCUUGAAAACAACUACUUGACAGGCAUCAUCCCAGACUGUCUGUCAAAAUUGAGCAACUUAAAACAACUAAAUUUAGAAAACAAUGACUUUAGUGGAAUUGUUUCGGAAGGGCUUUUGAAGAAUCGUUUACUGAACCUCAGAUGCGGCCGUAAUUUUAGCCAACCCUGUGAAGAUGGUAAAGAUGUGGCUGUAAAGCUUCUCUCAUCCUCAUCAAAACAAGGAGCAACAGAGUUCUUGAACGAGAUCGACCUGCUGUCUCGAUUGAAUCACAAGAACUUGGUAACCUUGCUUGGUUACUGUAAUGACUCCAAACAACUUAUGCUUGUUUAUGAUCACAUGCCCUGCGGAUCACUUAAAUACCACCUCUACACUUCCUUGGCCACCUGUUCUGUACUGGAUUGGAAAACUAGGCUUCAAGUAGCUUUAGAUGCAGCAGAAGGUCUUGAAUACCUGCGUAUAAGCUGUACACCAAAAAUCAUUAACAGAGAUGUGAAGAGCUCAAAUAUCCUACUGGACUCCACUCUGCGAGCAAAAGUUGCCGAUUUUGGCCUUUCAAAAAUCAUUGGCGAUGACAAUGCGUCCCACGUGACCACCACCAUAAAAGGAUCAAUUGGAUACUUGGAUCCAGAUUCCUAUGUAGAUUUACCCACCAGCUACAACGAUGUUUACAAAUAUGAAAUAACUUAUUUUUGUAGUGUUUCUGCCAGUCUUAAAUUACCCACUAAGUAUUUCCGUACGAGCAAGUUGACAGAGAAAAGUGACGUGUACAGCUUUGGAGUGGUAUUAUUGGAACUAAUCUGUGGCAGAAAACCAAUAGACGUGGAACGAUCUGAAGAAGAAGAAAGCCUUAUCAAGUGGGUCCUACUUUAUGUGGAGGAUAACGAAGAAUCCGGCCGUCUAUUGACAAACAUCCUAGUAAAACAAAAAAACUUCAAUCUUAGAGUAGAAUGA